AUGGUCUGCAAUAUUUUUUUUUCUUUCGCACCAGGUCUUGAUAUUUUCCCCUCUGCACAAAGGCCGUUGGGUAGUAAAGUGCUCAUACAUAUCAUAUCCUUUUGGGCUCCCAUAAAUCCCUCAGCCCCAGCUCACCGGCCGCGUGUCUCGCCGUCUAUCACUUGUUUGCGGAAUUUGGACCUGGAAUCUUUUGUCCAACUAGCCGGAAGAAGCUGCCGCAUGCUGGUUGGCAAAAUGUUCUCCCUUCGCACCGCUGUGCGGAGAGCUUCCACUACCAAGCCCCUCCGAGCGUUCUCCGCACCGCACGCCGUCACUGCUGCGAGGCUCUCUUCUCCCACAGCUCGCGCCUCGCUCAAGGCCUCUGCCGUGCCCCUGCUGCAGAGCCGUCACUACUCCCGUGCUACUGAUCCCCAGCACUCCUCCACCCGCAACACCGUUGUCCAGCUGCUGAGCAACAUCGGCUCCAAGCGUGAGGUUGCGCAGUAUCUCUCCCACUUUACCUCAGUCUCCCAACAGCAGUUUGCCGUUAUCAAGGUCGGCGGUGCUAUCAUUACCGAACACCUCGAGACCCUCUCCACCGCCCUUGCCUUCCUGAACCAUGUCGGAUUGUACCCGAUCGUCGUCCACGGCGCCGGUCCCCAGUUGAACCGCAUGCUCGAGGCUGCCGGUGUCGAGCCUCAAUUCGAAGACGGUAUCCGUGUGACGGACGGAAAGACCUUGGCUCUUGCCCGGAAGCUUUUCUUGGAGGAGAACUUGAAGUUGGUUGAGGAAUUGGAGCGCAUGGGCGUGCGGGCUCGCCCUCUCACCGCCGGUGUCUUCCAGGCCGAUUACCUCGACAAGGAGAAGUACAACCUGGUGGGCAAGAUCAAUGGCGUGAACAGCACGCCAAUUCAGUCCGCCAUUGACGCUGGCUGCUUGCCUAUCCUUACAUCCAUGGCCGAGACCCCCGAUGGCCAGGUCCUUAAUGUCAACGCCGAUGUCGCUGCCGGAGAACUGGCCCGCGCUCUCCAGCCUCUGAAGAUCGUUUACCUCGCCGAAAAGGGUGGACUGUUCAACGGUGACACUGGCGAGAAGAUCUCCGCCAUCAACCUUGAUGAGGAAUACGACCACCUGAUGCAGCAAUGGUGGGUGCGCCACGGUACUCGCCUGAAGAUCAAGGAGAUGAAGGAGCUUCUCAGCGAUCUUCCCCGUACCUCCAGCGUUGCCAUCAUUCACCCUGCCGACCUGCAAAAGGAGCUUUUUACCGACUCUGGAGCCGGUACGCUGAUCCGACGAGGCAACAAGGUGCACACCAGGACCUCUCUUUCCGAGUUUGAGAACGUGGAAGCCCUCAAGGAUGUGCUUGUCCGUGAUCGCGAGGGACUCGACGCUCGUGCGACCGUUGACCGCUAUGUUGAGGGUCUCAAGGAGCGCGAUUUCAAGGCUUACUUUGAUGAGCCUAUGGAGGCUCUUGCUGUUGUUCUCCCCCCGCAACAGGACGUGAUUUCCUCCGCUGCUCACCUGGCUACUUUCACCAUCACCAAGUCUGGUUGGUUGACCAACGUCGCGGACAACGUGUUCGCCGCCAUCAAGAAGGACUACCCCAAGCUCGUCUGGACUGUCAAGGAGGAUGACGAGAACCUUACCUGGUUCUUUGACAAGGCCGAUGGCAGUUUGAGCCGCGAGGGUGAGGUGCUCUUCUGGUACGGUGUUGAGAGCGGCGAGGAGGUGAAGCUCCUCGUCCAAGAGUUCACCCAGCACGGUCGCCAGAUGUUCGGUGACCUCAACCUCGAGUCCAGACUCCAGCGCGCUGCUCAGGCCGCUACCAACAUUGGCAACGCCGGGCAGAAGCGCACAUUCUCCACCGCUAGCAAUGCUCUCCGCGCCGCCCGUGCUGGACGCCCAAUGAUCCCCGUCCAGUCGGUCCGCACGUACGCCACAACCAACCCUAACCCUCCCCUCGGAGAGAAGAACAAGUCCAACACCAAGCCCUCCAAGGUCGCUCUCAUCGGUGCCCGUGGCUACACCGGACAGGCUCUCAUCAGCCUGAUUAACUCCCACCCCCACCUUGACCUCCGACACGUCUCUUCUCGCGAGCUGGCUGGCAAGAAGCUGCAAGGCUACGACAAGCGCGAGAUCAUCUACGAGAACCUCAGCCCCGAAGAUGUCAAGCGCAUGUCGGCCAACGGCGACGUUGACUGCUGGGUUAUGGCUCUCCCCAACGGUGUCUGCAAGCCCUUUGUGGAUGCAGUCGACCAGGGUGCUCAGGACGGAAACGUGAUUGUCGACCUGAGCGCUGACUACCGUUUCGACAGCAAGUGGACCUACGGUCUUCCCGAGCUGAUUAGCCGCUCCAAGAUUGCCCAGGCCACUCGUAUUGCCAACCCUGGUUGCUAUGCCACCGCCUCGCAGGUCGCCAUUGCUCCCAUUGUUCCUCACCUCGGUGGACAGCCCGCCGUGUUCGGUGUCUCUGGAUACUCCGGAGCUGGAACCAAGCCUAGCCCUAAGAACGACGUCCAGAACCUCACCAACAACAUGAUUCCUUACAGCUUGACCGAUCACAUCCACGAGAGGGAGAUCAGUGCUCAGCUGGGGACUCCUAUUGCUUUCAUGCCCCAUGUCGCCGUCUGGUUCCAGGGCAUUAGUCUCACAAUCAACAUCCCUCUCAAGGAGUCCAUGUCCUCUCGCGACAUCCGCAACAUCUACCAGGACCGCUACGCUGGCGAGAAGCUCGUCAAGAUCAUCGGAGAGCCUCCGCUGGUCAAGGCCAUUGCUGGCCGCCACGGCGUCGAGGUCGGUGGGUUCGCCGUCCACUCCAACGAGAAGCGUGUAGUUGUGUGCGCCACCAUCGACAACCUCCUCAAGGGUGCCGCCACCCAAUGCCUGCAAAACAUGAACCUUGCCCUAGGAUACAACGAAUACGAGGGCAUCCCUCUUGAAUAG